ACGUCAUACUUUUGAAUUCAUCAUCCCGCGAGUAGUUUGCUAAGUAGCUCUUUUAAAACAUUCUCUGUAUGAAUGAAAAGUGCAUUUAAAAGCCAAAAUAGAUACACAUAGAUACAUCAACAGAUAAAAAGAAAACUUACAUAAAAUUGCAACAUUCUUUUACCAAAAGACACCUUUACACUACAAAACUUCAUCUCAAAACACUGCACUCUAAACAAUCACAAAAAAACAUCAGAUCGUUUUGUGUAUUAAAUCGUAAGAGAAUUUUAAAAUGUGAACGUCCUUUCGUUAAAAAAAAUAAGCAUUCAAGGAAGAAAAAUAGUGUUGUAAGGAGUAUCCUUAGAAGUUUUUUUUUCACAGAAGAGAUAUUAUAUCAUUUUCUUGAAGUUUCAAAAUAGGUGAUUUAAAAAAUCCACAAAGGAUAUCAGUGAUUUUGUCUGUGAGAGUGUUUUGUGAUUCUAAUCUGUAUAUCAAUCACAAAGAAAUAUAAAAGAGGAUUUUCGAAAAAAUCAAAAAAAUAAGAAAAGAAAAAUUUGCCCAAAAGCAUCUCUGAAAAAGGAAACGGAUUGAACAACAUUCAGCAAGGAUGAGUGAUAGUCGAAGGAAUACUGCAACUGAAUUUAGUUACAUCCUUCAGAGGCAGGGAAGUGAUGAAUCAGCUGCUGAAGCGCACGCCUUUGAUGACAUCAAAAAUUUAAUGAAGGAAGAACAACACAAAGAAUCAGAUAGUCUGUCAUCUUUGCCACAAGCAUCAUUCAAUUACAUCAACUCCAUCGUUGGCAGUGGUGUUAUUGGUAUUCCAUAUGCCUUUCAUAGAGCUGGAUUCGGCCUAGGGCUGUUGCUGCUCAUCCUUGUGGCCUGCAUAACUGACUACUCGUUGAUCCUUAUGGUUAGAUGUGGCCACAUUUGCGGGCGAUUCAGUUAUCCUGGAAUAAUGGAGGCAGCAUAUGGAAAAUACGGAUACUAUCUGCUGUCUUUACUGCAGUUUAUGUAUCCCUUUCUAGCUAUGAUAUCAUAUAACGUUGUCGUUGGUGAUACUCUCUCAAAAGUCCUGGUACGUGUUUUCCCUUCCUGGGGUUCAUCUAUGGGUGCUGUCCGACUGGGAGUUGUAUUUUUUGUCACAGUUGGUGUUGUUGUACCACUUUGCCUCUACAGGAAUGUUUCACGGCUUGCACGGGCGAGUUUCAUCAGUUUGGCAUGUGUGGUUUUUAUAUUGUUAGCUGUAAUCAUAAAACUUAUGUCAGGAGAAUAUAAAGUAACGGAUACAGCAGAUUCAUGGAGAUUUGCAAAUGUUGAUGUUAUACCUGCCACAGGAAUUAUGGCUUUUGCGUUUAUGUGUCAUCACAAUACAUUCCUUGUAUAUCAAUCGAUGAGGAAUGCUUCGUUAGAACGAUGGGAAAAAGUGACGCACAUUUCUAUUGGAUUCGCAUGGACGGUGGCAGCUUUAUUUGGUAUCGCAGGAUAUUCAACAUUCCGUGCGUUAUCACAAGGAGAUCUUCUCGAAAACUACUGCUGGAAUGAUGACUUAAUGAAUUUCUCAAGGAUAUUGUUCUCCAUAUCCAUCUUAUUAACAUUUCCCAUUGAAUGCUUUGUCUCAAGAGAGAUUGUCAAAACCAUCGUUCACAAAUUUAUUUUGAAAGAAAAUGUUGAAGCCCCACACGAUCAGGAUCCAAGUCUUGAGAAAGGCACUGAAACAGAUGAGUACUCAACUAUAAUAACUCUGGCCAUCGUGUUUACAGCUUUUGUAAUAUCACCACUAACAGAUUGCUUAGGUUCAGUAUUGGAAUUGAAUGGUCUUCUGGCAGCAAUACCAUUAGCCUAUAUUCUACCGGGACUAGCAUACAUUCAAAUGGAACCCCAUUCUCUGUUUAGUCGAGAAAAACUUCCUGCCGUUGGUCUUGUUGUUUUUGGAGCAAUUGUAACCAUUGUUGGAGCAGCUGUUUUGCUGCCAAGUAUCCUUGGAGAUUGUCGUUCGGAUAUUGUUUUAGGUUAUUGCAAACAGGAAUAUGAUUCAGAGAAUACGACUACCAUUACAACGACCAAACGUCCAAUCUAAGGCCAAAUAUGAUAUUAAUUAAUAAUAUAAUUAUAUUUAUCUAAUGUAUAGGUAAAAAAAAGGUAUCAGAUGUUAAGAAGCGAUGUGUGUAUUAUACAAAACAAAACAAAAAUGCAUUUAAGUCCCACAUUACACUAUCCAUAAAUAGGCAUGGUGUAACGUAGUGUGUUAGAGUUUAGACAUUAGGAUCAAAACAAGAUUAUAGAGGAAAACAAACAAAACAAGGCACCAAGUUCAGAAAUUUAUAUAUGGUUUUAUUUUUAGAAGAUGCACUUAUUUAUUUUAGAUUUUACUAGAGUAUACCAAAUAGAAUAUAUUAAGAGAUAAUGAUUGUAUUUUUUUUGAAAAA